AUGGAGCGCAGUUUGCGACGCUCUGCCCGGCAGUUGUUGGUUUCCACAGCUGGGUUGGGUUGGUGUUAGACUGAUGGUGUUAGACUGCGGCUCCCUGUCGCAUUGACACAACAUGGAGUAAAACAGUGCGGUGGACAUGGAUCAUCCGGAGUGCUUCCGCACUGGAGCGGUGUCGUCAGGCAGCUAGCGAAGAAUUAAACUCUCACUCCUUAGACAAGCCUGCUAAUGGCUGCCUAGAAUUUGGAAAGAUUUAGGGUCACUCCUCUAAACAUUGAAAGUCAGCUGACCUGGGAACAGCUGGUGCGACGCAUUCUACCAUUCAGGUUAUGGAGAAAUGUUCGUUAGUGCUGCCUCUGCCACCAGCCCUGGCAGGAUGUUUUUGGAAAUCCGCACAAAAACAAAGGCAGCUAGCGGGCGUGUAAGUGCGGAGCUGGUGUAGAUAAGGAGGGGAAGCCGCCGUUACUUUCAGGUGCUGAUACAGCUGCUCCGGGACAUUUAAACGCUUCUGCAGCGAUGCCGGACGAUCCACAGACUCUGCCCGUCUUUAGGCGGCUGAGCUACGCCGUGGGACACUUUCUAAACGACCUGUGCGCCUCCAUGUGGUUCACCUACCUGUUGGUGUACUACCACUCAGUGCUGGGCUUCCAGAACAGCUACGCGGGCGUGUUGCUGCUGAGCGGGCAGGUCGCGGACGGGAUUUGCACGCCUCUCAUCGGCUACGAGUCCGACCGGACCCCCGGCUGCGGGACCUACGGCAAGAGGAAGACCUGGCAUCUCGUAGGGACCAUCAGCGUGCUGAUCUCCUUCCCCUUCAUCUUCACCCCAUGUCUGGGCUGUGAUGCUUUCACCCCGCAGUGGGUUGGCCUCACCUUCUACAUCCCCUUCAUCAUCAUCUUCCAGUUCGGCUGGGCCGCCACCCAGAUCUCCCACCUGUCACUCAUCCCAGAGCUGGUCUCCUGCGAGCAUGCCAAAGUGGAGCUGACUGCAUACAGGUACGCUUUUACAGUGCUGGCCAACGUCACUGUGUACGGCAUGGCCUGGCUGCUCUUCCACUUCCAGACGGGACAGGAGGAGGAUCCCUCUGUCACUGACAGCCUGGGCCGCUUCGACAUCCCUGUGUUUAGGAACCUUGCCCUCAUCGUGCUGGCCAUCGGGGCGGUGUUCUCUUUCCUCUUUCACCUGGGAACCAAGGAGAAGAGCCGACACCCUGAGGAGGCGGAGUCAGAGCCCGAGGAGCGGCAGCCCCUGAUUGGCAGUCCCCAGACGGCCCCGCCCAGAUCCCUGCUGCAGUGGAAGCACUGGCUGAGGGAGCCCGCCUUCUACCAGGUGGCCUUCCUGUACAUGUCCACCAGGCUGAUUGUGAACCUCUCCCAGACGUACGUCUCCAUGUACCUCACCAAUUCCCUGAUGCUGCCCAAGAAAUUCAUCGCCACCAUCCCCUUGGUGAUGUACCUCAGCGGCUUUGUCUCUUCCUUUGUCAUGAAGCCGUUCAGCAAGCUGGUCGGUAAAAGUAUGACCUACUUCGCAGGCCUCGUGCUGAUCCUGGGAUUUUCCUACUGGGUGUUGCUGGACACAAAGAUGGGGGAGCUGGUUUACGGGGCCGCAGUACUGCUGGGCACUGGGUCUGCCACCAUUCUGGUGAUGUCCCUCUCCAUGACGGCCGACCUCAUAGGGGAUCAGACGCAAAGUGGGGCGUUUGUGUACGGGGCGAUGAGCUUCACCGACAAGGUGGCCAACGGGCUGGGAGUGAUGAUCAUCCAGCUGCUGCACCCCUGCCAUACCCAGGUGUGCUGUCCGGCCUGCGUGUGGUUCUACCAUCACGUGAUGGUGAUCGUCACCGGGGGCGUGGCCUUUGCGGCCGCACUGAGUCUGUGCACUAUCCUCAUCUGGCCAAUCAGGCUCCGCCACUGCUCCCAGCAGAAGCAGAUAUUCAGUGACGUGAGCAGACAGAGAGAGGAUUUGCCCUGCAUCUCUGGUCUAAUGGGGACAGACGGACAGGACUCUGAGGGAAAUGCAGACCAGCAGCCUAUCAACUGAGUAUUGGGUCAUCAAAGGACC